AUGCACAUUUCAUCGACUAUUCUCGCCAGCGCCCUGGCCAUGGGUGUCUCGGCAGAGAACUACCUCGGCUUCAAUUCCGGUGCCACCCUCGCCGACCGAUCUGCCAAGUUCAAGAAGGACUUUGUUGCUGAGAUGAAGACCGCUCAGGGACUUGUUGGCGCUCCUGGAACCUUCAACGCCAUCCGUCUGUACACCAACAUUCAGGCUUACUCCAAGGACAAGCCUAUCGAGGCUUUCGAGGCUGCCAUUGAGACCAAGACCAAGGUCCUCUUGGGAAUGUGGACCUCGGGCACUGACACCAUCCAGAAUGAGAUUGAUGUCUUGGGUGCCGCUGUCAAGCAGUACGGCACCAAGUUCACCGACCUGGUCAUUGGUAUUUCCAUUGGUUCAGAGGAUCUCUACAGAGACUCUGUUACCGGUGUGAAGAACAAGGCCGGCGUUGGCAACUCCCCUGACAACAUUGUCAAGUUCAUCGGGGACUACAAGAAGGCCUUCAAGGACACUCCCCUGGCCAAGGUCCCCAUCGGCCACGUCGACACUUGGGAUGCCUGGACUAACUCGUCUGUCAAGUCCGUCAUUGACGCCGUUGACUGGGUUGGUGUCGACGAAUACCCCUUCUAUGAGUCUGGCAAGGGCAACAAGAUUGACAACGCCGGUACCCUGUUCGACCGCGCCUACGGAGCUACCAUUGGUGCUGUUGGCGGAAAGCCCGUGUGGGUGACCGAGACUGGCUGGCCCGUCACCGGAAAGACCUGGGAUGAGGCUGUUCCCUCUAUCGAGAACGCCAAGACCUACUGGGACGAAGUUGGUUGCCGCCAGCUCUUCAACAAGGUUCCUACGUUCUGGUACACCCUCCGGGACUCCAACCCCGACAACGAUGUCAAGUUUGCCAUCACCAAGGACCUGUCCACCAAGCCUCUCUUUGACCUCACUUGCCCCAAGACCUUCAAGACCAAGCCUCAGACUUCCAGCGGCUCCUCUAGCCCCACUGCUACCGGCACUGGUGCCUCCAAGCCCACCGGCAGCGGCGGCUCUGGCACCAACGGCGGCAGCGGUGGUUCCAACACCAAUGGUGAUUCUGGUUCAAGCACCACGACUCCUGCCGGUGCUACCACCACUGCCCCCAAGAACGGUGCUUCUUCCGUCCACAAGGUUUCCGGUGCUGCUUACUUUGCCCUGGCUGUCCUUGCUGGUGCCGCCACCCUGCUGUAA